UUUUUUAUUGUCUUGCAGAUACACUUGUACUUGAUGACUCCCAGAUAACAGAAGUAAUGAAGAAGGUUUACAAAGAACAUAACUACAUCCUGUGUCCACACACAGCAACUGCAGCAGCAUACCAUUACAUAAGCAAGGAAGAGAAUCCAUGUGGCUAUAUUGCAACAGCAUCACCAGCCAAGUUCCCAGAGGCAGUAGAGAAAGCAGGGGCACAGCCUGUUACAGAGGGUAUCGGCCACCUUGAAGACCUUCCAACAAAAUUUACGUGGAUGAAGAAGGGAGAAGAUUGGUACUCCAUUCUUCGCAAUAGGAUAUAAGUAAUCUCUUCCAAGAAGGUGUAAAGAAGGAAAGGAAGAUGUAUGUUCAUGAUAAUGUUUUUUUUUUCUUGUUGAUUAUUCAGGGAAUGUGCAUUAAUGUAGUGAAAAGGAUAAAAGUGUGGUUUUUAAUAAAAUUUUAGCUGUGGUUAAAAGUUAGGCAGCAUGUCACCUAUAUUUUGCAUUUGUUAAAUGUUUUCUUUUGUUUUCUUGAGAUGAAUGUGUAUUCUUUUACAUUUACUGAAUUAGAAAGUUUGAAUUUUAAUAUUCUGGUGUCCUUAAGUAUUUUGAGGGCAUGUUGUUGGUAAUUUUCCAAAGGUGUUCCUAGAAUAUGUGCCUAAUUAGCACUUCUUGAGUACUCAUUUUGUUCUUGAAAUAG